UCCAUCGCCGCGACAUUCCUUCUCCAUCCCCAAUCCAAUCCGAUUUCGUCGAGAUGAAGUUCGGCAAGGAUUUCCGGAACCACCUGGAGGGCACGCUGCCGGACUGGAAGGACAAGUACCUCGCCUACAAGGCCCUCAAGAAGCUCAUCAAGACGCUGCCCCCCGACGCCGACGCCGACCAGCCCCCUCUUCCUCCUCCUCCUCCCGCCGGGGAUGGGGACGGAGCCGCGGCGGCGGACGAGGGGCUCGGGUUCGGGGACGUGGCGCUGGGGAACUGGUUCGCCAGGAUCCUCGACGUCGAGCUCCAAAAGCUCAACGACUUCUACAUCGAGAGGGAGGAGUGGUACGUCAUCCGCCUCCAGGUGCUCAAGGAGAGGAUUGAGCGAGUCAAAGCCAAGAAGAAUAAUGCUUUUGCUUCCAGGGCUGAGUUCACUGAAGAGAUGCUAGAGAUACGUAGAGAUUUUGUGCUCAUACACGGCGAAAUGAUACUUUUGCAGACCUACAGUUCCCUAAAUUUUGCUGGGCUAGUGAAGAUACUGAAGAAGUAUGACAAAAGAACAGGCGGCGUGCUCAGCCUACCUUUCACUCAACGCGCUCGUCACGAACCAUUCUUCACCACUGAACCCUUAAGAAGGCUUGUUAGAGAAUGUGAGGUUAACCUUGAACUCCUUUUCCCGGUCGAAGAAGAAGUACUCGAGGCUGGUUCCUCUUCAAAGCUGCAGUCUCACAAUACUGUGGGUAGUCAUGACCCAGCGUCAUCUUAUGACACAGAAACCUCGAAGGUGUACCAAAGCACACUCGCAGCAAUGAAAGCGAUAGAGGGCCUUAAGAAGGCCAGCUCUACUUAUAAUGCCCUCUCUCUUUCUAGAUUCUUCAAUGGAGAGGACGGUGAAGCUUGUUCUGGCGCUAUCACUUCUGAGAGCUCGCUGUUAGAUUCCUUGACAGAUUCCCACGUUGAAGAUGCCGAUAAGGAUGGUAAAGAGGUGCAAUCAAAGGACCAGAGCGCUGCUCAAACCGACCAUAACACUGAAGCGGAUCGACGCGGUGGAUAAUCACUCUUUGCAUGCUAUGUUUCUUUUCUAGUUGCCCCUGACUAGUGUAAAUGAUAGCACCGUUGUACCACCAAUAAGUUGGAUGUUCAGGCAGUCUUUGAAGUGUGUAACCAUAAGCCAUAUUUUAAUUUGGAUUUUGGAGUGUUGGAGCUUAGGCAGAGAGUGAGUCAUUUAGUUGAUUUGGAAGGAACUGUAUACAGUUACAAUCUCUCAGUUUCGCAGAGUUUUCUUGUAUAGCAAAGCAAAGUGUUCCCAGUUCA